CAGAUCAAUAAGUGACAGUUCGAAGUUUCGGCAUCUCUCUGAAACAUUAGUUUUUCUUCUCUUCCCCAACUUUCAAUCAAUUUCACCACAUAAACCCUAAUCUAGAUUUUAGGGUUCAUCGGACUUCUCUUGCAAAUCUCCAAGUUCCUCUCUGAAAAGCAUUUAUCAAACACAAUGGAUAAUAAUUUCGAGAACUAUCAUCAUCAUCAUCAAUGGCGUCCAGGACCAACACAGCCAAACAUAUGCCCGAUUUGUACAGCGCCGCACUUCCCUUUCUGCCCACCGUACCCUCCAUCUUCCUUCCCGCACAACCCUAACUUCCCUCCCCACCUCAAUUUACCUCGUCCUGGAUUCGACCCAUUCACCGGACCACCGGUUCGACCGCCAAACCACUAUCCGGUCGGUGAUCCAAGACCGUGGCAACCUUACCACGGAUGGCGACCGGUGUCUGACUACCGUAGUGCUGUUGACUGUGAUAGGGAAGCUGAUCGGAGCUCUAAGAGAGCUCGGAUUGAUUCGAUCAACGGUGGUUCUCCUGUUUACACUGUUUCCGGGAGCGUUGGUUAUCAUACUCCUCAGAUCUCCUGGGAGAACGAACGGAGGCUGAAGAUGGUAAGGGAUCAUGGUUACGGUUUAUCUGCGCCGUCUCCGGGAAAUCUCGAUGUUUCCAAUAUCGAGAUGAAUCAUCAGUAUGGGAGGAGUGAAUUUAGGAAUGGCGGUCAAUUUAACGGUGCAGCUCCUCCUCCGCCUCCGUUUCAUCAUCCGCCGCUGCCACCGACGCCGUACGGACCCUAUUUCGGCGGUCCUAAUGGUCAGCCUCCCCUUCCGGCUUCGCCACCACCGCCUUUGCCUCCAUCUCACCCUUCUUCUCUGUUUCCACUUACCGCUAAUUCCUCUGCAACGGUCCCUCCUCCAUCAUCAUCACCAUAUCCUCAAAUGCCAAAUGCUUCGCCAUCUUCUGCACAACGAGCACCAGCUCGUUCUAAAGUGAUUGACGUGUCCCAUUUGCUCAAGCCUCCCCAUCGCUCUACUCGUCCGGAUCAUUUUGUAAUUAUCCUUCGAGGGCUACCAGGUAGUGGGAAGAGCUAUUUAGCUAAGUUAUUGCGUGACAUCGAGGUAGAAAAUGGUGGUAGUGCCCCACGAAUCCAUUCUAUGGAUGAUUACUUCAUGGCUGAAGUUGUGAAGGUUGAUGAGAGUGAUUCAACUUCUUCAAGCUCUGGUAGAAGCAAGAGACCUAUUGUAAAGAAGGUUAUGGAAUACUGCUACGAACCUGAGAUGGAAGAGGCGUAUCGUUCAAGCAUGCUGAAAGCUUUUAAGAGGACUCUUGAAGAUGGGACUUUCAGCUUUGUAAUCGUUUGUUUUCUGGAAUUGACCCUUUCUUGCUGGUAUAUGUCGCUCAUCUUAGUGGAUGACCGCAAUCUGCGGGUAGCUGAUUUUGCUCAGUUUUGGGCAACAGCAAAGAGAUCUGGAUAUGAAGCUUACAUAAUGGAAGCAACAUACAAGGACCCAGCUGGCUGUGCAGCAAGAAACGUACAUGGCAUCACACUAGAUCAAGUACAGCAGAUGGCAGAACAAUGGGAAGAAGCUCCAUCAUUGUACAUGCAACUAGAUAUCAAGUCUUUAACGCGGUGGGAUGACUUGAAGGAGAGUGGAAUCCAGGAGGUGGAUAUGGACAUGGAAGAUGAUUUUGACCCGCCAGAAAGAAAAUAUGAUGACAGCACCCAGUCAGAAGUAAAGGGUGCGAUAGAAGGCUCUUACAUAAAUGAGAGUAAAUGGGAAGCAGAACCUAGCACCCAUACAGAGAAAGUGAAAGAGCUAAGCAGAAGUAAAUGGUCAAAUGUAGAAGAGGAAGACGACGAAACAGAGAAAUCCCAAAGUACAAGACGAAACUCAAAAUCCCUUUCCAGGUCAAGCCGAGAACGCUUGCGGGAAGGCAAAACUGUUUGGUGGGGCGAUAAGGGUGGAGACGCAGGUUUUUCAAUCGGUGCUGCGAGGAAUAUGAACAUGCCUUCUUUAGUUAUAGGUCCUGGAUCAGGAUACAACUUGAAAUCGAAUCCUCUAUCACGGGAAGAGAGUCUUGCACUCGCUGAUGCUGUUGGCAAAGCAAAGGUAAGAGGGAUUUUCCAGGAUCAGCUUAGAGCAGAGCGUGAGUCUUUCAAAGCUGUUUUUGACAAGAGACAUGUACGAAUCGCUACUUCUUACAGCUCAAAGGACGAGUAAGUGUAAUGAUUUAUCCCUGGGAAAUCAAAAUUUAUUUUGCCUGAUCCACGAGAUAUCGAUCAGUUGGGUAAAUUAGCAAGUUCCCCACCUUUACAUUCACAUUGAUCAAUAGAGUUGAGAGAAACACGAAAGAUUAUAAUAAUCCCUUUGUUCUUGUGAUCAUAUGAAUUUUAAUGUUCCUCUUUCAGAAAGAAAGCCAAAAAAAAACACUGGGACUAAUAAUUUCCUCCUUUGUUAUUUGUGUAUUCAUUUUAUCAUUUAUAAAAGAAGUUUCUUUCAAAUUCUAAAUUCAAAUGCUAUUUUC